GAACACGAUCCAUAACUCCACCUCCUCCGCAUCCUCCGACACGCAGGACAAAAUCAUUUUUAUCUUUGUUUGAUUCCUCGUGAAGCUGAAGCUUAUUUUAGGAAGCGGCAAAUGGAGCAAGCCACACCAUAUUUGCUUGCAUCAGCAGCAGCCUGCCAGGGCCAAGGAGGAGGAGAUCUCACUCUGGAGCUGGGUUCCCUGUGUUUCAGCCAGAUGAUGCUAAUCGAUCUCGUAAACCUUCUUCUCUCAGCCAUCUAUGUCUCGAGCUUGCUGAUCGCCGCUUGCAAGAGGGAGUUCAGGGCCGUCAGGGCAGGGGACCUUCCAUUUCCGUGCGCUGUGGCUUCCCCCUGCUGCGCGUUUCUUGGCAUUGCCUGCGUCUGCCUGGGACUGGGAGCAUGGGGCUCCUCUCCCCACGGAGCACCGCUCUUCUUCCUGAGAGGCUUUGUGUGGGUCUCCCUGUCGGUGUCCUUGGUCGUCCGUCCGACGAGACUCUCCGGAGCUGUGGCGAUGGCGUGGUGGGCGGUGGACGCUGUUCUCAUCACGGCCAACUGUUUGGAGAAGAUUGCGACGCGAGCAAAUCUGGGAGUUCUUGACGUAGUGUCGUGGGUUGUUGCGUUGUUGCUUCUGCUGAGCGCGACCCGAGUUUGCAGACGCCUCGCCGGUGCCGCCGCCGGCGAUGGAGGCGGCGCGGAGUCCGAGCCUCUCCUUGCGGCGGGGGGCGGGGAGAGGCGGGCGGCGUUCGACGAGGCCGGAUUCUUCAGCCGCCUGACGUUCACGUGGAUGGACUCGCUCCUGCGCCUUGGGUACUCCAAGCCGCUGGGCCUCGGCGACAUCCCGCUGCUCGACGCCGACGACGCGGCCGCGGAGGCGUGCCGUAAGUUCCUCUGCGAGUGGCAUCGACGGAGGAGGGAGUCGAAUAAAACGAGCAACCUCGUGCUCCGGGUGCUCGCCGAGUGCCACAAGAAGGAGCUGCUCCUGACGGCGCUCUACACGUUGCUGCGCACACUGUCCUUCGCCGCGUCGCCGGUGAUGCUGUACUGCUUCGUGUCAUACUCCAAUCGGCAGGAGCAGGAGCGGGAUCUUGGCACCAGGGCCGCGCUCGUCGCCGGCCUUCUGGCCAUGAAGCUGGUGGAGUCGCUGUCGCAGAGGCACUGGUUCUUCGGGUCGAGGCGGCUGGGCAUGCGCAUGCGCUCGGCCCUCAUGGCCGCCGUCUUCGAGAAGCAGCUGCGGCUGUCCAGCGAGGGGCGGGGGCGGCACUCGUCUGGCGAGAUCGCCAACUACAUCGCCGUGGACGCGUACCGGCUCGGCGAGUUCCCGUACUGGCUGCACCUGGCAUGGAGCAUGCCGGUGCAGCUGGUCCUCGCCAUCGCGCUCCUGUUCUGGAUCGUGGGCGCCGGCGCGCUCCCGGCGCUGGCCCCCAUGGCCAUCUGCGGCGUGCUCAACGUCCCUUUCGCCAGGAUGCUGCAGCAGUACCAGUGGAGGUUCAUGCAGGCGCAGGACGAGCGGCAGCGCGCCACGGCGGAGGUGCUGCACAGCAUGAAGAUCGUGAAGCUGCAGUCGUGGGAGGACAAGUUCAGGGCGACGGUGCAGCGGCUGCGCGACGCCGAGGUGCGGUGGCUCGGCGAGACGCAGCUCAAGAAGGCCUACGGCAGCGCGCUCUACUGGGUGUCGCCGACGGUCAUCUCCGCCGUGGUCUUGGCGGGCACGGCCGCGGUCCAGAGCGCGCCCCUGGACGCCAGCGUGGUGUUCACCGUGCUCGCCACCAUGCGCGUCGUCUCGGAGCCCAUGAGGAUGCUGCCCGAGGUCAUGUCAGUCAUGAUCCAGGUCAAGGUGUCGCUGGACCGCAUCGGGAAGUUCCUGACCGAGGACGAGUUCCAAGACGACGCCGUGGACAGGACGCCGGCGUCCGACAAGAGCCUGGACAUGCACAACGGCGUCUUCAGCUGGGAGCCCAGCAAGGGCACCGCAACCCUGAAAGACAUCAACAUCACCGCAACCCGCGGCCAGAAGAUCGCCGUCUGCGGGCCUGUCGGUGCCGGAAAAUCGUCGUUGCUGUGCGCGACGCUCGGCGAGAUCCCAAGAAUGUCCGGAUCAGUGGCCGUGAGUGGCUCGGUGGCCUAUGUGUCCCAGACGUCGUGGAUUCAGAGCGGCACGGUGCGCGACAACAUCCUCUUCGGGAAGCCGAUGAGGAGUUCAGAGUACGAGAGGGCCCUGAAGUGCUGCGCGCUGGACAAGGACAUGGAGAACUUCCCGCACGGCGACCUGACGGAGAUCGGGCAGAGGGGCCUCAACAUGAGCGGCGGGCAGAAGCAGAGGAUCCAGCUCGCAAGGGCCGUCUACAACGACGCGGACGUCUAUCUCCUCGACGACCCUUUCAGCGCCGUCGACGCGCACACCGCCGCCACCCUUUUCAACGACUGUGUCAUGGCGGCGCUCGAGGACAAGACGGUCAUCCUUGUAACGCAUCAAGUUGAGUUCCUCUCCAAGGUUGACAGAAUUUUGGUCAUGGAGAAGGGCGAGAUAACGCAGGAGGGAACCUACGAGGAGCUCCUGCAGUUCGGCACGGCGUUCGAACAGCUUGUCAACGCUCACCAGGACUCAAAAACAACACUGGACUCCAAUGUAUCCAAAGAAGGAGCCAUGAUUCAGUACCAACAACCGAUCCUACCGCAGCAGGGCAGCGACGCCGAGAUCUCCACCGGCAACCUGCCGUCGGUCCAGCUGACCCAAGAGGAGGAGAGGGAGCUGGGAGGAGCCGGCCUGAAAACAUACAAGGACUACGUGUCAGUGUCCAAGGGCUGGUUCCUCCUUGUCCUGAUAAUACUCACACAGUGCGUGUUCGUCGCCCUGCAAUACCUCGCAACCUACUGGCUCGCAGCGACGAUCCAAAGCCGUCGGUUCAGCGUCGGGAUCGUCGUGGGAGUCUACGCGGUGAUGACAACCACCAGCUGCCUGUUUGCCUAUGUGAGGAGCCUUGUCGCUGCCCACUUCGGCCUCAAGGCGUCGAGGGAGUUCUUCUCGGGUUUCAUGGAUUCCGUGUUCAAGGCCCCCAUGCUGUUCUUUGACUCUACCCCGACCGGAAGGAUCAUGACCCGGGCCUCAUCGGAUUUGUGCAUCUUGGACUUCGACAUCCCGUUCACGAUGACCUUUGUGAUAUCCGGCACGGUUGAGGUGGCGGCAACCGUGGUGGUAAUGAUCAUGGUUACAUGGCAAGUCGUUCUGGUUGCUGUUCCUGCUGUGAUUGGGGUUCUGUACAUUCAGAGAUACUACAUUGCCUCCGCCAGAGAGUUGGUGAGGAUCAAUGGCACCACAAAGGCGCCCGUGAUGAACUACGCUGCUGAGUCGAUGCUCGGAGUGGUCACCAUAAGGGCCUUUGCAGCGACAAAUAGGUUCAUUCAGACAAAUCUUCAGCUCAUCGACAUGGAUGCAACAAUGUUCUUCUACACGAAUGCAGCGCUAGAGUGGGUGCUUCUGCGUGUCGAGGCGAUGCAGAUCUUGGUCAUUGUUACAUCGUCCAUUCUUCUCGUAAUGCUACCGGCAGGAUCAGUUGCUCCAGGAUUUCUUGGGCUAUGCCUCUCAUAUGCCUUGACACUUUCUUCCGCGCAAGUGUUCUUGACGCGAUUCUACUCAAAUCUGGAGAAUUAUAUGAUAUCAGUGGAGAGAAUCAAACAGUUCAUGCAUUUACCAUCCGAGCCCCCGGCUGUUAUCAGUGACAGAAGGCCUGCUCCUUCAUGGCCAUCUGAAGGAAAGAUAAAUCUGGAGAACUUGAGAGUCAAGUAUCGCGAAAAUGCGCCUACGGUUUUGCGCGGGAUCACUUGCACAUUUGCAGCUGGAAACAAGAUUGGAGUUGUUGGAAGAACCGGGAGCGGGAAGACCACUCUCCUGAGCGCGUUGUUCCGCCUCAUCGACCCCUCCGGCGGGCGAAUUCUCAUCGACGAUGUCGACAUUUGCACCAUAGGACUGAAGGACCUUAGGAUGAAACUCAGCAUCAUUCCUCAGGAGCCAACGCUUUUCAGGGGCAGUGUAAGGAGCAACGUCGAUCCUCUGGGUCUGUACACAGAUCAGGAUAUCUGGGAGGCGUUGGAUAAGUGCCAGUUGAAGAAGACAAUCAGUGUCCUUCCUGAACUUCUUGAGGCACCAGUGAGCGAUGACGGAGAGAACUGGAGCGCGGGCCAACGGCAGCUCUUCUGCCUCGCGCGCGUCCUCCUCAGCAGGAACAGGAUCCUGGUCCUCGACGAGGCGACGGCGUCGAUCGACUCGGCCACCGACGCCAUCCUGCAGAGGGUCAUCAAGCAGGAGUUCUCAGGGUGCACGGUGAUCACCAUAGCACACAGGGUUCCCACCGUCACAGACAGUGAUAUAGUCAUGGUUCUUUCCUACGGUAAGCUUAUAGAGUACGACAGGCCAUCAAGGCUGAUGGAAAAUGAGGACUCAUCAUUCUUUAAGCUCGUCGCCGAGUACUGGUCCAACUAUAAGUGAACGCAGAAAAUUCAAUAAAUUCGUCGGCUGUAGGCUACAACUCUUCACAUACCGAGUGAAAAUUUUGGACCUAAAAAUUGUUUGGAAAAGAUAGGGAUGGAGAUGUAUGACACAAUGAUCCAAAUGUAUGUUGGAAGUUAGUAGAAAAUAUGAGUUGAAAUAUGCAGUUGGAUUGUGGUGGUCGCACGUGUCAGUGUGAAUGAUUUCUUGUGUUCCGGUUUGCACCUUUUUUGAUUUGUUUUACAUACUUUCCUUUAAUGCAAUCUAUGCAUUAUUCUAAGUCUGAGAACUCUAAUGAA